CUUCACCAAGCAUAUUCUCUCUCCAACAAGAAACCCUGUAAAACCCUUAUACACAGAUCCUCUCUGAUCCUUAACAAAUAGAAAGGAAUAGCGCUUGAAAAAAAUCAAAGAAAAGAAGAAGAAGAAGAUAGAGAUAGCGCUCUCUUUUCUGUGCAAUUUUUUUCUCUUCGGCUCGGACCCAGAAGCACAACCAAAUGGCUUUGACGAACUUCAUACUCACGGUGGCCGGUGUUAGCGCCGUGAUUCUGCUGCUAAGGAGCGACGUCAAGCAAUCGGCGGCGGUAUUCAGGCGCAACGUCAAGCACAUCCGCCACUGGCUUGAAGAAGAAUCUGCCUCUGCCUCCAAGGAAGCAGGGAAGGCAACUCCCAAGGAACUGGAAUCAAAAGUUCCUCCAAAAGACAUUCCCAAGGAGGACAAGCACUGAUGUCUCUUUGUUGGUAGCCUGGUGUCGUCUACAAGAGUUACCUAGUUGUUUCUUUGUCUUUUAAUUUUUUUCCUUAAAAUAUUUGAUGGUUUGUUUAGAACAAGUCUCGGUGAAACGUCAGGGUACUUCUGCACCUAAUUUUUUUUUUAAUUGUAAAUUUUGUUUUAGCCAGUUUGGUAUCGUACUUGGUGUAUUUACAAAGUAAGAGCAUUCACAGCGGAUCGUGUAAAAUUUUAUCUAGAAUAACUAAUGAAAACUCACUUUUGCUAA